AGUGGUGCAUUGGGACAACGCGUUUGGAAUUGUCCGCUUUGAACGAGCAACGAAUUAAGACUUCCUGAAGACUUCCUUUAUCUGUUCCAGCUCGCUGUCCAUCCCGUCCCUAAUCUCUUUAUCCAUUGCUCACCCGAAUCAUAAUUCUAUCCGCUGCCAAUGGACUCCCGAAGACCCGACAUGAAGAAGAAGCUGGUGGUGGUUGGAGAUGGCGGAUGCGGGAAGACUUGUCUCCUCAUCGUAUACGCAGAGAAUAGAUUUCCUGAGUCUUACAUACCCACUGUAUUCGAAAACUAUGUCACGCAAAUCCAAUUCGACGGCAAACUGGUAGAGCUAGCACUUUGGGACACCGCAGGGCAGGAAGAAUACGACCGACUACGACCACUAUCCUAUCCCGAAUCCGACGUCAUCCUGAUCGUGUUCUCUAUCGAUUUUCCUGUCUCGCUCGGAAAUGUGCAAGAUAAGUGGUACCCUGAAGUUGCCCACUUUUGCGAAGGAACACCUCUUAUCCUCGUUGGAACUAAGACUGACCUGCGGCGGGACGAACAAACACGGCGCAUGCUUGGCGCGCAGGGUCAGGUGCCAGUGACACCUGAGCAAGGUGGCACGGUGGCACGAGAAAUCGGUGCCAAGUACAUUGAGUGCUCAGCAAAGACAGGAAGUGGUGUGCAAGACGUGUUCAACCUUGCAUUACGAGAGAGUAUGAAGGGACGCUGGGGGAAGAUGGUGAAGCAACGACGGUGUGUGAUCGUGUAGGGGAGCGGUCGCUGAUCACGUUCACGCGUUUCAUUGGUUGGUG